AUGGCCUGCGCGUGCCUUUACGUGUCCCAUCUAGUUUUGAAUAUUCAAACCGGCCUCGGAUCUGAUGAAAUAUUGAAUAGACUGAGUAAUUUAUUCCCCGCGGGAGAGUUCACGAACGAACGGUCUUCCGUUCGGAUAUUGAAAUUAGGUGCUAAGACGUCUGGCCGCUGUGAGACUGCGAUUGUUAUUAAUGCCCCACCUUGGCGAUGUUUGGGACCGGCUUCCGAGACGUUUGUUAUAAAUGAACAGUUUUCGGGACGCUUUAUCAUAUCCACAUAG